AUCUAACCCGUGCUUCUGUUAUGUUGGUUAUAAACUCUUACGUACGUUUGUACUACAUAACUUUGUUGAACCCUUGAGAAAACAUGAUAUGACUAGAGUCAACACAUUGCCGUGUUCACCUUAGAGUAACAAAUUUUAUGUUGAGAUGUUUACCCUAGUCAAGUUACUAGUUUCGUAUUGUUUUUUCUUAUAAAAGCUUACUCCGGGAGUACUGGAAAUGGUGAAGACUUACAAAGUCCAAUACGAAGAAGCGGGCACUUUGAAAUUCGUCGGCAAAGACAAUGGCACAAUUUUCAAAGGCACUGAUGAUGAAAGCUCGAUCUCGGUUUUCAAGAACACAUUCACUACGAUUGUUAUCACGCGAUAUAUUUGUGUGCACCCCCUGACAUGGGUAAGAGGAAUCGCCCUUCGGAUGGAACUCUAUGGAUGCAAGAGAGGCUUUCUACGCAUUAUAGCACGGCUUUUCCCAAAGCAGACUACAUAUCUGUAACUGAUGUCCCAAUCACCUUCAAAGCUGGUGUACAGAAAAUGGUAAUUAAUAUUACCCUGGUGGACGACGAGUACUUCGAGAAUGUCACUAAGCACUUCGAUGUCAGUUUGUCAACUGCGCAGCCUACUGUUUUCACGGGACCUUUGAUGACUAUCUUUCUCGUUGAUGAUGAUGUCAAGAGGGCUUUAAAGAAGGGAAGCUCGGGACGGAUGUCAGCUAAGAAGGCCGAAGAGCUGAUCAAGAAAUAUGAUAUGCUAGAGAAGCUAGUUAUUGCCGGGCUUGCCCUGACUGUGCUCGUCAUCAUAUCAUUUGGUAUCAAGUCGGCGUGGUGUGACGUCACAUGGUCGCCGAAAGCCAAGAUGGCGGAUCACCAAGAACAGUACUGUAUUUGUAGAAGACCUUACGAACCGGAGGAAUUUAUGAUUCAGUGUGAUUCAUGCCAGGAUUGGUUUCACGGAAGUUGCGUGGGGAUUGAAGAGUACCAAGCGUCAGACAUCGAGCGAUAUCAUUGCCCAAGUUGUGCAGAGCUCUAUGGACCGCUAACUCUAAAGAAGAGAAGAAAUUGGCAUAGGCAUGAUUAUAGCGAGCUUGAUGAUGGGUCAAAGGCAAUACAAACUGGCACAGUUCUAUUUAUCAACACUCUUAAAACCAAGAAGUUUGGAAGCCCCAAGGAAUCAGUCAUUGAAGUGCAUGGUCGUGACCUAACUGUUGACUAUUUUGAGAGGAAUGGUUUUCAAAAGCCCCUGUUGAUUGAUAAAACAGAUGGGCUGAAUAUCGUCGUCCCAAAGCCAGGCUUUGAUAUUCCUGAUGUUGAAAAAUAUGUUGGUUCCAUGAGAGAGCUAGAUGUUAUUGAUGUUUGCAAACAGGAGGAUAUUAAGAUGAGGAUGAGAGAAUGGACAGAAUAUUACAUGAACCCCGUCAGAAAGAAAACCCUGAAUGUCAUCAGCCUUGAGUUCUCAAACACUCCCAUGUCAUCCCUGGUGCAUGUCCCAGCCAUUGUGAAGGAACUGGACUGGGCAAAUCAUGUUUGGCCCACAGAUCUUCCUGAGGACAGCCCUCACAAGAAGCCAUAUGUCCAGAAGUACUGUCUUAUGAGUGUCAGCAACUGCUACACUGAUUUCCAUGUGGAUUUUGGUGGAACCUCUGUCUGGUAUCAUGUAUUCAAGGGUGAAAAGGUGUUCUACUUUGUAGAACCAACUCCUGCGAACCUGGAGAAGUAUCACCAGUGGGUCAUGUCAUCUACUCAGAGUGAGAUCUUCUUUGGUGACAUGGUGAAGAAGUGCUACAAGGUCCAGAUCAAACAAGGGCAGACCUUGUUUAUCCCAACAGGGUGGAUUCAUGCUGUAUACACACCUGUGGACUCUCUUGUCUUUGGAGGGAACUUCCUUCACUCCUUUAAUAUUGGUCUUCAGCUAGAAAUUUAUGACUUGGAAUUGAAGUUGAAGACACCAAACAAGUUCCAACACCCAUUUUACGAAACCAUAAAUUGGUUUGCUGCAGUCUUCUUGCUGGACAAGUUAAAAGGCAUUCAGGAGAUAGGAGGCCGUCCGCCACAGUACCUUGUCAAAGGAAUGCAGGACUUGGUCGAGUACCUCAAGAAAUGGACUGUCAAAGGAGAUGCUUAUGUGAAGCAUCACAAGUUCUACAUCCCUGAAGGCAUUCAACCUGGCAAGCUCAUCAGGUCUAUAAACAAGGAGCUGAAGAAAGCAGAGAAGUCAAGAUAUUCCAGACCAUCUACUCCUAAAGUCGAAGAUUUGAAACGUCAACAAGGGUCUCCUCAAAUGACAGUGGCUGUCGAUAGCACCAAAACCAAAAUCAAAAUCAAAACCAAGAAGCACGACACCAAACCAGGUCCCUCAAAGAAAGACCAGAAUUCUAACGAGGAGAUGGAUUACUCCUGCGAGCUAGACGUUAGCAAUCCAGUGUCACUAACAAAAUCCAACCCUAAUAGCUCGCAGCGAGAUGCUCUGACCCCAGGCGAGUCCCUUGAACAGUGGAGAAGAGAGUCCAUGUCUGCUAGUCUGCCAUCCAUCAAGCUUAAAUUGCCUAAGAGACAGGAAAGCUUUGAGAACACUGAAAAGAAGAGGCUUAGCUCUUCCGCUGCCGAGUCAGCGCUCAAGAUCAAAGUAUCUAAUGGAAAGAUCGUCAGCAAUCCCAACCAUUCAGGACAAAUGGGAGUAAACCGGGAAUUCCAGUCAUUGACAGGUGAUGAUCGGGCACAGUACUCCUGCAGUCCAUCAGCAGACCAGCAACCACUCAAACUCAAAUUGUCCAUGAGUGGCUACAACACGCACAACCCCCUCCCCUUACUACCGAACGACAGCGAUCUGGACCUAUCAGACGACGAGCUGGGCUUCAGCUUAGGGGGCACCCCGCAGUUGCCGAGCACGCAAGGCAGUCUGGGUACUACUCAUGGGCUCCAGGCCACCGAGCAUAAAGCGCGGCCGAAUCAGCCCGUGGCUAGUAUGGAGACUAGUACGAGCGACAGAGACCUCAAGGCGGAGAUCGAGGCCGCCAAGACUCUCCUGUUCGGCUUCAGCGGCUUGCAAGGGAGCGAUAUCAAGAAACCGACCACUCAGACGACACGAUCCAGGGCGGAUUCCCUCAUCGCCAAAGGCCCCCAGAAAUCAAGGCUUAACUCCUCUAAGAGGACGUACAGCGACACAGAAAGCGACGACGACGACGAGAAAGACGACGAUCUUGGGUUUGGCGACUCGGACUACUUCAAGGACACCAAAUAUGCAUACCCUCCGCUGGCGGACAUGGUGGAUGACGAUAAAACCAACUGGAGGCCGGGAAUGAAGAAGAAGAAGAGCGAGAGAGUGGAUGCUACCUGGAACCCAAAGAGCAAAGUUGCGUGUUCCCCUUCCAAAGAAACACGACCUCACCGGCAGUCCAGUCGACGCCUCGCCUCACAGCAAGAAUCACAGCAGUCGCUUCUAAACGCUCCGCUACCGAGCUCUUCAAAGUCCAUAAGUCCGACCUUGUCCGGAUCUGGGCCUCUGGGACAACCUGAUGGCUCUGCCGGCCAGUCGUCAUCAUCCGGUAACACCAGUAAAGGUGCUGCUGCUGCAACAACCCAAGCGAAACGCGGCCGCCACAAAACCGUCACCACAACCAAACAACGGCUCGCCAAGAUACUCAAACUGGAUAAAUCCGGCCGGUACAUGCGCUAACACAGGAUACCACGGGCGGGACAGCGGUUAACCACAGGGGCAGCCGUUCUCAUAUACAACAGCUGAACACAGGGCGGCUAACCCACAGUGCUAUGGUUUGCAUACUAAUACACUCAUAGGAAGAAUAUUUUGGAAGUAGGUAUAUUUUUCACGUUAUUAGGUGGUUUUAGGAAAAGCCAAGGAAUGAUUCAAAAUGCUAUGCUGAAUGACUAUGACACGGGCUACCUGUGGUAUAUGACACUUUGUGCAGGUAUACCACAGAUGGCCCAUGCAAUCACGUUCAGAUAUUUUUAGAAUGAUAUACUACUAGACAAA